AUGUACCAUAAAAAACGAACAAGCAAAAGCAUAGUUCUUUACACGACCAUCUUAUGUUUGAUAUGUCCCCUAUUACGAGUGAAUGCCAUAAUACCAUGGCUACAAGAAAGUUUCAUAGAAGAUCCAGAUGAUCCAUUAUUUAAAGACAAUACAUUGAUAGACUUACCCCCUGUCUUACCACCUGAUCAGAUAACGGAUGAUAAUCGAAGUUUGGAUCCAUAUAAUCUUAGUGUCCCACAAUACGUGAUAGAUGCAUGUCCGUUAGUGCAACUAUAUAGUGAGGAGAGGUAUUGGCCAUCUGAUAUCACUGACUAUAUUCGACAUUUCCAUUUAGAAGAUGAUUUGGGGAAUAUUUUGUCUAAAAACUUAACCUCUUUAAAUGACUUGAAAGAAAACUAUAAGCACAAGAAUGGAUCAUGUCCCAGUGAAGAACUUUUCAUGAUUAGUAAUGAAGAUUUCUCAAAGGAUCCACCAUGGGUACUUGGACAUCAGCCAGAAUACGGUACUGGACAUAUCAAAUCAGGACCGGCUGUCUUAAUUCUAGUUGAUAAGGGUAACGGAUGGGUUGACGCAUAUUGGUUUUAUUUCUAUCCAUUUAAUUGGGGACCAUUCAUUAUGGGGUAUGGUCCCUGGGGUAAUCAUAUGGGGGAUUGGGAACAUUCAUUGGUUAGAUUUUAUAAAGGUGUACCGAAAUUUCUUUGGAUGAGUGCACAUAGUAGUGGGAGUGCCUAUCAAUUUAGUGCUAUUGAGAAAAUUAAAAAGUUGAAAAGAGUUAGCGGCAAAUUAACUAACGAAGUCAUUGGAAGACCAUUAAUAUUUAGUGCAAGAGGAACACAUGCGAAUUAUGCAUCUGUAGGGCAACAUGCACAUGAUGUACCGUUUUAUUUCAUGCCCUUAAGUGACUUUACUGAUAGAGGACCUAUGUGGGAUCCAGCAUUGAAUUUUUACUCAUAUAGGUAUGAUGGAGAAAAGGUGGAAGCUAUGAAUGAAAAGGCAAGAGAGAUUGGGGAGUCUUGGUUGCAUUUUGCAGGAAGAUGGGGGGAUAAACAAUUACCAGCCAAGGAUCCAAGACAAAAAUGGUGUCCAGUGCAAUGGAAAUAUAUCGACGGCCCUAGAGGUCCAUUAUUUAAACAUUUGGAUAGAACCUCGUUAUGUCCAAGUUUCAAAUGGUGGAAUUUUUGGAGGGGAUGUCCAGCAAGACGGUUGAUCAAAAAAGCAGAAGGACUUGAUGCAGAGAAAAAUGAUCUAGUUGGUGAUAAUUGCGGGGUUCUAUUAUAUAAAAUAAGGCCUGUAUGGUUAAGAGCGCUGUUACGAAUUUUCACUUGGAGAGGAACAUUAUGUUUUGUAAUGGAUUAUUUUACAGGUUAG